AUGGAGCUGUACGCGCUGCUGGGCUUGACGGGCGGCGCGCACACGGAUGCUGAGAUCCGCAGCGCCUACCGGCGCAGUGCGCUGCAGGCGCAUCCUGACAAAGGCGGCAGCGAGGAGCUCUUCCAUGCAGUGCUCACGGCCUUUGAGGUGCUCUCCUCCAGGAGCUCCCGGGACUCCUACGAUGCGGCGCUGGCCCGGGGGAUGGGUGCGGCGGAAGCGGUGGCGGUGGCCACAGGCGCGAAGCGUCUGCCAGCCUCCGCCUCUGCGGGCGCGCGCGCACGGCCCUUGGCGCGGCUGCGGCAGCUGCUGGCGGCGCUGCCGCGGGGCGAGCGCCAGGCGGCGCUGCAGCGCCUGGCGCCGGAGGUGCAACAGGCGCUCAUGAGCUUCAUGCAGGAAGCUGCGCCGGAGGAUGCGAAUGUGGCCCAGAGCCGCGAACGGCCGUUGGCGUUGCAGGACGGAGGUGGCAGUGACCGGCGUCGUGGCAUACUGCGGCAGGGUACUUCUCCGCCCACGUACAAGGCAAGCGUUUUCUUGCCUUGCCUGUUCAUUUCUGCAAAGCCGGAUCCUUCGUUGGAGAAUGUGCUGCAGCGCCACGCGGCGCUGCUGCGCACCAAGGAGCUGCUGGGUCGAAGUGAGGCCGAGGCGAAUGAGCUAAGCAGCAGCCAAGUGCAGACGGCCCUGGUGGAGGCUUUUUCAGAAGCUUCGUUGGAUGCAGACAAAGAGCUGCAGAUGUUGACCUUCACGGCCAUCAUCCCCGCCUACUACGAGGUGGGGCGCCAGAUCAAGGGCCGCCAGACUUCGGACCUGGCAGCGGCCUGCGAGCUGCGCGCGCGCCUCUUGAAGGCCAGAGCCGAGGGCUGGCCCGAACUGCGAGAGGAGUGGAUAGCCAUCAUGCAGCAACCACCCGAGGGCGGUCAGGGUCAUCGUGCCUGCACCGCUGAGGAAGCCGCGCGCAUCGCCGACGCCGCCUGGGACGCCGGGAUUCCGGCCAGAGCCAAAGCGGAGGCGCGGCGCCAGCAGCCGCCGAGGCGGAAGAGCGAGGAGAUGACCAUCGAAGAUGCUGCUCGGGCCGUCGCUCAAACGGCGCUGGCGGCACUGGGGCUACUGGUGGCGCUCGCGGGAGGCGGCGUGACUUUGGUGCCGGGCGAGGUAGCCUGGAACUUCGCUUUCGGGUCCAACAUGGACGCGGGCACGAGGGCGCGGCGGCGCCUGGACGUGAAGGGCUACGCGCCCGCGCGGGCGCGGGGCUGGGAGGUGUGCUUCAGCCUGCAGGGCGUGCCGUACCUGGAGCCCGCCUUUGCGGCGCUGCGACGCGCCGAGCGGCCAGGCGUGGAGGCCCACGGGGUCUGCCUGCAGCUGGGCCGCGAGGACUGGCUGAAGCUCUUGGCCUCCGAGGGCGUGCGACUCAGCGCUGACCUCGCGGAGGCGCCGCUGGAGGCGGUGCUCAAGGCCGCGGCGGCGAAGCCGCCGGGGGGCUUCGGGUACCGCCUACUGCCAGUGGAGGUCGAGUUCUACGACUCCUCGAGGGGCACGGCUUAUGCCUUGGCCGACUCCUCCGAUGGCCCGGUGCCGCAUCUGCCGCCCUCGCAGCGGUACUGGCGGCUGCUGAAGAACGGGGCGCGAAGGCACAACUUGGAGCGGAGCUACCGGGACUACUUGUCCUCCCUCCCCAGGUAUGUGCCGUCACCACUGGCGCCCGCUGCCCUGCCCACUCUGGCCACCAACGCUGUGGCGACUGCUGCGAGCGCCGUCGCGCGCAUGGGACAACGCAUCGACGUCGCAGUCGGAAAAUGA